UACAGAAUAAGAAGAAACAUUAAUGGAGUGCACUAUGUGUGGGGAUGUGGGCUUCCAGAUCUAUCUAUUCCAGUGCACAAAAUGGAGUGCACUAUGUGUGGCGAUGUGGGCUUCCAGAUCUAUCUAUUCCAGUGCACAAAAUGUCUAGUUCGUUUCCAGCAUCAAUAUUGCAGUAGAGCAUAUUAUGAGAAUGUAUCAGUUGAGAUUAUGAGUGAAGUGUGUGACUGGUGCUUCACUAUUCAAGAGGAGGAUCCGGGCUCUGACGUUAAGCUUAUGAUGAGGGAUUCUGUUAAAAGAAUGAGAAGUUCUUCUGCGUUUGGAGAGUUUACAAACAUGACCCACAAUAGCAAAGGCAAGAGAAAUUUGAGAAAAUCUUGUGAUGAAAUUGAUGUAGAGAUAUCCCAAUUGCUGAAGAAGAAGAAAAAGCCUGAAUUAAGAGAAAGUAGGGAAAGAAAAAUUAAAAAGAGAUAUAAGCUUCUUGAUGAAAUUCUCUGUUGAUUGCAAUGAUUCUCAAUGCAUGGAAACUAUUUUGACUAUUUUGAUUAUAACAAUAUAGGAAACCUACUUUGCUUUGGAAUCAUCUUUCAU